AUGGCUUUGGGCUUUCCGGUCUGCCGCGAGCUCCUGCUGCUCCUACCGCUCUGGUCGCUGCCACAGGUGGCGCUGGGCUUCACGGACGGCAGCUGCGACAAUUCGGAUCAGUGCCCGCCCCAGGCCCGCUGGAGCAGCCUGUGGCACGUGGGGCUCAUCCUGCUGGCAGUCCUCCUGCUGCUACUGUGCGCAGUCACAGCCAGCUGCGUCCGGUUCUGCUGCCUCAGGAAGCAGGCGCAAGCCCAGCCACACCUGCUGCCACCUCAGCAGCCCUGCGACCUAACGGUCAUCCCUGUAGACAGCGACAGCCCUGUGCACAGCACAGUGACCUCCUACAGCUCUGUGCAGUACCCACUGUCUAUGAGGCUGCCCUUGCCCUUUGGGGAGCUGGAUCUUGACACUGUGGCACCACCCGCCUACAGCCUGUAUGUCCUGGAGCUGCCACCGUCUUAUGAUGAGGCAAUCAAGACAGCCAAGCCUAGCUACCAAGAGCCAGCCCCAUCCCCAAGGCCCAGCCAGCAAGAGCCAUCCCCCUCCCUGAGGCCAAACCCCCUUCCUGAAGCCCCCUUCUUGAGGUCUAGCCCUCUCCCUAGGACCUUAGGCUUAGAGGCCACUCCAGGACCCCAGGACCCCCAGCUGUAG